CGUAUAAAUAUCAACGCUUUUUCAAGUGAUACCAAUAAGUGUUCUAAACCUCCUCUCAACAAAAUGUCAAUAAUUCUGGUGCUGCUUUUGGGAUUAUCCGUAUCGUACGGUAUUGACCAUGGGGAUAGUGAGUCAGGGAUCCACGCAGCCGCGUUGCGAAUGAGAAGACGCGCUGAUCCAAUGGAUUCUUUAAAUGUUUUUACGGUGCCCGAAAACUGCCCCGACGGCCAAAGACUGGUGAAUGGCGUGUGCAGGGAUAUAUGGAGGAAGCGAGGAAGAGCAGUCACAGCACCGAUGGCAGCCGCUGACGAAGGGCAAAGCAGAAUGAGAAGGGACGCUGAUCCAAUGGAUUCUUUAAAUGUUUUUACGGUGCCCGAAAACUGCCCCGACGGCCAAAGACUGGUGAAUGGCGUGUGCAGGGAUAUAUGGAGGAAGCGAGGAAGAGCAGUCACAGCACCGAUGGCAGCCGCUGACGAAGGGCAAAGCAGAAUGAGAAGGGACGCUGAUCCAAUGGAUUCUUUAAAUGUUUUUACGGUGCCCGAAAACUGCCCCGACGGCCAAAGACUGGUAAAUGGCGUGUGCAGGGAUAUAUGGAGGAAGCGAGGAAGGGCAGUCACAGCACCGAUGGCAGCCGCUGACGAAGGGCAAAGCAGAAUGAGAAGAGAAUCUGAAACACUUUGUAUUUUGAACUGCAGGACUGAGCCUACAUCGUUUGGAUUCUCGACGUAAAUACUUGACGCAAGAAUGGUCUAAUAAGGAUAAAAUGACAUUUGAAAUUAUAAAUUAUACUGCAGUAUUA